GCGAUUUGUUCGACGGUCAGUUAAACACACGACAGAAAACUCGGUACGAAACGGCUUAGAACGUCCAACGGCCCCCAAAAUAAAAUAUUUAAAAAACUCAAGAGCAAACAGAUUUGCCGAAAAGAAAAACCGCAGUUUACACGCACUUAAAACUAAUAACACCUGUAUUUUUCCUAUACAAGUACAUACUACAAAAUGCAAUCGAAUUUGGUUUUUGUUGCCCUGCUGCUGUUCGUUGGAGCUGCCUCUGCUGGCAAUAUGCCCGAUUACAUCAAGGUCUGUCAUCGCAACGAUCCUGAGUUGUCGAAGUGUUUGAAGAACAGCGUCCACAAUCUGCGACCUUAUCUUGCCGAUGGCAUCAAGGAUAUAAAUGUGCCGGCAAUGGAGCCCCUCUACAUAGGCGAUCUCAAUAUUCUUGAGGGCGGCACAACCGGCAUAACGGUUAAGGCCAAGAAGCUGAAUAUCUACGGUGCCUCCAAUUUCGAGAUCACAAAAAUGCGCGCCUCAACCGCCAACACACGCUUUGAUUUCGAGCUUUUGUUGCCCAACCUUCGCGGCGAGGGUCUCUACGAAAUUAAUGGCAACAUUUUGGCACUACCGAUUCGCGGCAAUGGACCCUUUGUCGGCAAUUUCACGAACUUUGUGGCCUAUGUGCGCAUUCUGUACGAUGUGAAGAAUAUCAAUGACAUCGACUAUCUGCAUGUGAAGGAGUUCGCCUUGAAGAUUCGUACUGGCAAGGGCCGCUUGCGUCUAGAUAAUCUCUUUAAUGGCGACAAGGUGCUAGGCGAUGUCAUCAACGACACCGUUAACCAGAACUUUGAGCUGUUCACCAACGAGGUGAUUGCACCCAUUGCCCGGGCCCUGGAGAGCAAAUUCCUUGCGAUUACCACCAAGAUCUUGGAGAAUUUCACCUACAAUGAGCUGUUUCCUCUGUAAUGCGGCUGAGAGGUCUUAUGUUUAAGGUUGAGCAAAAAAGUAUAGAAAUGCUUGUGAUAAACCUAAUUUCGUUCUAAUAUGUAGCACUUAUUUAACUAUUGUAUAAAUAUAAUUGACCUAAAACUAAA